GAUUUUUCAUCUAUAAAAAAGAAAUGCUCUCUAACAAAAUAAACCUUCUCCCAAGUCCCAAAGCUGCCACUUUCUUCCAAAGGAAAACCCAUCAGUGGACACAAUGUCAAAUCUCCCUGGCACCCGAAACCAAGAGAUUGGAGAAACUCCCUCUCAACAUGUAAUGAUCAGCAUCCCAGCAGAGGGAGAAGUAAACGAGAAACUAUUGUUACAUUCAUUAAUGGAAGAAGUGCCCAAGUUGUUGAAGAAAUCAGCAGGCAAGAACCCUUGUUCUAUCUUCAGGGUGCCUCAAAGUCUUCUGAAAAUUCACCCCGAAGCCUUCCAUCCACAAAUAGUCUCCAUUGGCCCUUACCACCAUGGAAAAGAACACCUCCAGAUGAUUCAAGAGCACAAACGGCGAUUUCUUGAUGCUGCUCUUUCUCGGGCACAAGAAUUCGGUAAUGGAUUCGACGACUUUUAUAAGGCCAUAGCCAAGAAGAAGGAGAAGAUAAGAGAGUAUUAUUCAGAGAGCACAGAUAAAUAUAGCGAUCAUGAGUUGAUUGAAAUGAUGAUUGUUGAUGGAUGUUUCAUUAUCGAGGUCUUGUGCAUAGCUGGAGGAUUAGUUCAAUUUGAGGAGGGUGACUCUAUAUUCAGUUUGCCAUGGAUACCUUUUUCCCUUAUGAGGGAUUUUGUCAGGCUAGAGAAUCAAAUCCCUAUCUUCGUUCUGGAAAAUUUGUAUGAGCUUUCAAUUUUAGCCUCCGAAGCAGAAGAUCUUCCUUCCUUGACAGAACUCAUCCUGAAAUUCUUUGAUCACACGUUUUCACGACCUGAAGCAGUCCUGGAAAAGUACAAGAACCUUGGUGGAAAGCACUUGUUGGAUUUGUUUCGCUCGACUUUUGUUCAAGACCUGAAGCAGCCCCAAGAAGUUCCUAAAGAUGUUGAUCAUGGGGAGUUUCUUCGACUGAUCCAACCAGUGGCGAAGCUCCAAGUGGCUGGGGUCGAGAUCAAUCCAAGUAGUCCUGCUGCUGAAAGUUUCUUGGACAUUAAAUUUAGACGUUAUGGAGUUCUUGAAAUCCCACAUUUGUCAAUAGAUGAAUUCUUUAGCACCUUCUUGAUCAAUUGCGUUGCUUUUGAACAAUGUUAUAAGCAUGGUUCAACCCACUUCACAUCAUAUGUUAUCUUCAUGAGCUGCCUCAACAACGCACCUAUUGAUGCAGGGUAUCUGAGAGAUCGCAAAAUCAUUGAGAAUUUCUUUGGAACUGACAAAGAACUUGUUAAAUUCUUCAAUCAGGUAAGCAAUGGAACUAUUUUCGAAAUUGAGAAUAGUUAUCUAGGAGAAGUUUUCAUGGGUGUGAAUCAGUAUUAUUUUAAUGAUUGGCAUGUGAGAUGGGCAGGGUUCAAGUAUACUUAUUUUGACAGUCCAUGGGCUUUCCUCUCAGCUUUAGCUGCAUUAGUCCUGCUUAUUCUCACUGUUAUUCAGUCCUUCUUUGCUGUCUAUGGAUAUGUAAACCCCCCUUAAUAAUGUAACAGUAUUUUUCUAGUGAGUACAACUGCAAUAUAAUAUAUCAGGCCAAUAGCCAAUUAUUGGAGUGACUA